AUGUCAAGCAAUAUGAAAGAAGUAGAGAUGACAGAUGAUAUUCCAACUUCAGCCGCCGAUCUGAAGGGAGACAAAGAGAAUGCAGUCAGAGAGACCGCAGCACUCACACUGGCCGACAUCAAGAAGAACUGUCAGUUGAUAGAGCGUGGCGUCGACGCCAAAGAGAACAGAUACAUCACACGUGUCUUGCGUCAGACUACCACUCUGCGUAAGCGUGUCAACUCGAAGCUGUUGGCUGCCGCCAUCUCACAGACACUGCCCGACGGCAACAAGAAAGCGUUGCUCUUGAAGCUACUCAAGGAGCAAGACGUUGGAAGCACUGUCACUGUCACCAACAACGAGAUGGACAUCGAUUCCACCGCCAACGCUACCGCUGCCACCGCUGCCACCAUAACAUCAGUAACUCUCGAAGUCGAAGCAUAUCUCCACCUUCUCGUUCUCAUUCACUUGAUCGACACAAAACACAACGUGGAAGCAACCAUCUGCUCGACUGCACUUGUCGAGAGCAUCCAAAACAACAACAGAAUCACACUAUACCCACUCUCCUCAAAAGUAUUCUUCUACUACAGUUUAUCCUAUCAACUUGUUAAUAAUAUCGAACAAAUUAGACCAUUCUUGUUGAAUGCACUUAGAACUGCUACAUUGAGACACAAUGAAGAGGGACAGGCAACCUUGUUGAAUUUGUUGUUGAGAAACUAUUUAGAGUACAACUUGAUCGAUCAAGCUCAUAAGCUUGUCAGUAAUACAGUGUUCCCAGAGCAAGCAAGCAGUAAUCAAUAUGCUCGUUAUCUCUAUUACCUCGGUCGUAUCAAGGCAAUUCAACUCGAGUACGGUGAAGCCUACAACUUUUUAAAUCAAGCUAUUCGUAAAGCACCUCAAAAUUCUGCAAUCGGAUUUAAGAGAUCUGUAAAUAAAUUACUUUGUAUUGUUCAAUUGUUGAUGGGAGAGAUUCCAGAGAGAAAUAUCUUUAGUCAAAAGAUCUUAAAGGGUGCAAUGAAGCCGUACUAUCAUCUAACUCAAUCGGUUAGAGUCGGUGAUCUCGAUUCAUUCCAUGCUGUCAUUGAACAAUAUUCAUCUCUCUUCAAAUCUGAUCAUACUUUUACUUUAAUCCAAAGACUUAGAACCAAUGUAAUUAAAGCAGGAUUAAAGAAGAUUUGUUCGGCAUACUCUAGAAUAUCAUUCCAAGAUAUCUGUAAGAAGCUAAAGUUUGAUGGUACUCCAGAGGAUAUGAUGUUCAUCGUUGCCAAGUCGAUCAAGGACGGUGUCAUCGAAGCAUCGGUCAACCAGGCAGAGGGAUACCUCCAGAGCAACGAGAAUAUCGAUGCCUACUCCACUCAAGAGCCAAUGGCUGCAUUCUCACAGCGUAUCGAUGUUUGCUUGAAGAUUCACAACGACGCUCUCAAGGCUAUGCGUUUCCAUCCAGACCUCAGCCGAGCCGAGACCGAAAAGAUUGCCGAGGUCGCCAAAACCAUCAAGCAAGAACUAGAGAGACAAGCUGAAGAGAGCUCAGAGAAUGGUGAUGAAUCUGAUUUCUAA